AUGAUAUUUUUAAAUAUUACAAUUCUGAGUGUUCUAAUAUUGUUGACUAAACAAUUAAUAUAGGAGACUGAAUUAGAAAGUUAAGCAAUCUUUAAAAACUGCAUCUCUUCAGAAGGUGGAAAUUGCAAAUUAUGUCAAACCUAGACAUUUCUUUUUAAAUUGCCCUAAGACAAUAUCGAGUUGGGUUUGAAAGCAGGUACAAAAAUUUGUGUAGAAUGGUAAAUAUGAUAUUAAAUAUAAAACAGUCCAUAUAACGGGUUUCGUGAUGAUUAUAAUUUAUAUUGUGGAGAUUGUCUUGAUAAUAGUUAGACUUGGGAUUAGAGCCGAUUAUGCACAUAUGAUUAUAAGACAAAAUCAACAGAUGAAGAUUCAAUAUUUCACAAAGUAAAUAGAAGUGCAAAAUAAUUGUUUUAUGUUAUUGAAUCAGGUCAAAAAGAAGUAUUAAAUAAAAGUAUAAUUAGUAUGUUACUUCAAUGUGUGAAGGUUGUUCCAAUUUUUGUAAAUCAAAGAGUUAAGUUUGCUUCCCUGUGUCAUUAUAAUAUCAAUAUGAUAUAAAUAACCUUUAUAUCGAAUGUAUGGAGGGUAUUUAAAAAUUUGAAAAUAAGGAUUUGCUUAUAAUGAAGUAAGUGGUGGAUGUGAUUCUUGUCCAGAGAAUUGUUAGUCAUGUGAAAUAAAUAAUUUGAGAUAAAUAGAUAGUGAUGGAAAAGUUACAGUGAAAACAAAAAAGGAUUGCCUAAUUUGUAAUAAAGGAUUUAGUUUGAUGACUACAAGAGAAUAAUUAAAUAGUGUUGUAACUAAUAGUUAAUGUAUUCCAUGCUUUAGUGGUUGUAGUGAAUGUUUUUUUGGAAACAAUGAAGUGAAUUUAAAUACUGAACCAUGGGAUACUUUUAACAAUGUAGAUGGAUUAUUUUUACUACCAAAUAGUUAACCUAGCAGUAUAUUUUAUUCUAUUUUGGCUGUAAAAAAUAUAUUUUAAAGAUGCACUGAAUGUGUUAGUACAACUUAAAGCACUUAUAUUCCAUCAUUAGAUAAAAAGACAUGUGUUAGAUGUGGAACAUCAUGUAAAACUUGUGAAUACGUUUCUUAUACAUUAAGCAUAGAUAAAUAGUAAUUAUAAUGAUGAUUUUAUUAAUAGUCCAACUAGAAAUAAAAACACAGUUAUUGAAAUCACAGAUACAAUUGAAUCUGCCUAUGUUAUGAGAUGUAGAGAAUGUGAUUCUUAUCAAUAAACAUUUUUAGCAACAGGAGUUGGAUGUACUGAUUGUACAAUCCUAAAUUGUAAACUUUGUCAUAAGGUUGGUGAUCCUUAAGCUGGAGCAGAUGGAUCUUUUUCUACUCUAAAUCCAGAUUUCUAACCUUUAGAAAAAGAAGAUUUCACUAAAGAAGAAUGUUUAUUAUGUUAAGAGAACUUUUAUCUUAUUUCAAAUCAAUGUUUACCAUAUGAAGAUUAUGCUGCUGAUCCUAGUGAUUCAUAAACAAAUAUUCCUAACAAAUGUUUAACUUUUCAAAUUGAUUCAAAUAAUAAACCACAAUGUUUAAGUUGUGAUACUAAAUAAACACUAUUAAAAUCAGAAGAUACAGGAUUAUGGAUAUGUGAAUAAACAUGUUAAGAGAAACUAUCAGAUUAUCUAUGUUAAUCUUGUUUAUAUAUUAAUAAUACCUACAGAUGUUUAUAUUGUUUAGAUGGCUUUUAUGUUGACAUUUAGAGUGGUAGAUGUAAACCUUGUUCAGAAAAUAGUUUCUGUAAGGAAUGCUAUCGAUUUUCACUGAUUAGUAUUCAUAGAACUGAAUAUUAUUUAUAUACUGAAGAUGGUGAUGAUUAAAUCUAUGGUCCUUAUUGUUAUACUUGUAAUGCAGGAGAUAAUGAUAGAGGUCCCUUUUUAAACGAUGAUCUUAGAUAUUGUGAAAAAGGAGGACUAGCUUGUAAAUUAUUUUCUGCAAAGGGAAGCCAAGGAUAUUGUGAUGUCUGUAAUUAUUCUAAAUUGUCAAGUUCAAUCACUAGAUCAUCUUCACUCGAUCAUACUGAUUGUAUUGAAUGUCCUUAGUUUACUAUUGGAUGUCGUAUUAGAACAAAUGAAGAAAUUGCUUUAGUUAAUAAAUUUUUUAAUCCAACUCAUCAAAAAUAUUUUGAAUAUUCGAGAUUAGCCUUUAAUUGUUAAGCAGAAACAUCUUAUUAUUUAGAUACUAAUCUAGGUAGAUGCAUUUAAAAAAAAGAUGGCCACUAAUUUUGUGUUCGUUCUGAUAUUAUUGACUUAUAAGCUGAUUGUUCUCAUUAUGAAGAUGAUUUAGAUAAUAUUUGGAAAAUUAAUUCACAAUUUAGUGAUAUCACUUAAAAAAACACCACCAUUAAUCUAGAAGAAAAAAUAGAUAUUCUAGAAAGAAAUCAAUUAUAUAUUGAUUACAAUGAAAAAGUUGUUAGUAAAUUAAUUAUUAAUCUUAAAUUUAAAUAUGAUGCUGAUCCUAAAAAUAAUAAAUGCUAUUUUCAGAAAAACACUUUAUUCACAACUAAUUUUAGAAGAAAUGUAUUUACUUUAAAAGAAAUUGAACUUCAUAUUUCAGUUGAUAAUGCCCCUCAAACAGAAAGGAUUAAAUGGUUUGUUCAAAAUACUAUUUAUUUUGAAUAUUUUACUACUGUCAAAUUGAGUUAAAUAGAAAUAUUACCAGCUACUGAUUUAGAUCCAUUAAAUAUGUACUCUAAUAUUUAAAGAUAUGAUAAACCUUUUGGAUUUGAACUUAUUAAAAAUGAUGGUUCUAGAUUAAUCUUUGAAAAUGUUAAAAUUGGAAAUGGAUUAGCAGAAGAUCAUUAUCAAUCUUAUGAAUAUACUACACCUUAUAGUGAAACAUCUUAAAGUCUCAAAAAAUUCAAACCUUUUUACACUGUUCUACUAAAUACUUAUGAUAUCUAAUUUCAUAAUGUAUUUGUAAUGUCUUAAAAUUAUCUAUUAGGUAAGGAUAUUGCUUUCUAAGCCAAACCUUUUGGUCUCACUUAUGAUGAAGAUAUUAAACUACCUUAUUUCUCUAUAAUUUUAGAGAAUGUUAAAUUCUAUGAUUUCUCUCUUGAAAGUUAAGCUAUCUUGGAAUUAUAAGAUAUAACUUUGUUAACCUAACCUGAAUGGAAUUGUAAAAUCUAUUUGAAAAAUGUAUUCUUCAAUGAUACUUAUUUUAUCAAUGAUGGUGCAUUUUUGAGUACCUUACUCACACAAAAACCUACUGGUAUGAUUUUAAUAGAAAAUCUUAAUUUCGAUAAUGUUGAAUUCAACAACUCAAGAGGUAUAGUUAACUUUCAAACUAUGCAAAGAGUUUCAGUAUCUGGUUUUGAAAUGACCAAUAGUAGAGUUAAUUACACUACUCUAUUCUACAUCACAACAAUUGAUGUUAGUAAGGUGUAUGUAUAUAAUACUACUUUUACAUAUUUUGGGAAAAUAUUUGAGACUUAAUUUGACAUAAUGACAUGCAGAGCCAAUGAUGUUGAAUUUUCUGGUCUAAAACUAAAAUUUACAGAUUUAGAAUUUGUUUAAUUAAAUUGUCUAUAUCCUGCAUGUAUCAUGUUAUUAACAGCAAUUAAAAAUGAUUUUGAAUUGCCUCUGAAUAUUAGCAUGAAAAACAUCAUUGUUUAAUAGAUUUAGUCUGAUGGAUUCAAUGAGACGAUAGUAGAAGCUGCAACAAGUGCUGCUAUUUAAAUUUAAAAAUCAUAUACACUAUAAGUGGAAAAUUUUUAAAGUAUUGAGAAUUCAAAUUUGACAAUCUUUUAUACAGACUAAGUCUAGGAAAUUACAUUUAUAAAUUUAGUAUGUUCACAGAAGGAAGGGAUGACAAUACGUAAUAAUUAUUGCGUAUUUUUUAAUAAUUUUUACAGAAUGAUUAGAUUAAUAGAUGUUGAUCUAUUAAAUUUGAAUGGGAUUGAUAAUUCAUUUAUAGGGAUAUCAUCUUGGAGCAAUCUUGUAUACAAUACUAGUAGUGAAGAAUUUCAUGAACAGAUUACAAUCGAAAAUGUUAUUGUAUAAAAAUGCACAAUCACAACAACAGUAUUGGCAGUACCAUCAAGUGCCAUAUUAAUUGAUUCUACAUAAGAAUAAUCUGUUUUAAUAUCAAAUCUUUACUUUUAAGACAAUAUACAUUAUUCUGCAUCCUACUUGAAAGGAACAUUGAGACCUAGCAAUCCUACAUUUUUAAUCAGGAGUGUUGUUGGAUCCUUAAUAUUAAAGAACUCAUUUUGGAAGAAUAAUUUUGUAAAUGGAUUUGGAGCUGUAUUGUAUUUAGAAUGUGGAAAAUAGAUAGUGAAUAAUAUUACAAUGAUAAAUAGUAAUUAUGAUCCUACCUAGUUAAUUAAUCAUGAUCCAUUUACUUAUGAUAUAAAUAAAAUAGCAGAAGGUGGACAUAUAUUUAUGGCUGGUUUCAACAUAUAAUUAUUAAAUUCUUAAUUCAUAAAUUCAACUGCAAAAGUUGGAGGUGCUGUCUACUUAAAAGCAUUAAAAGAAGGGUAAGGAUAUGUAAAUAACACUGUAAUUAAAAAUGCUUAUACAUCAAUGGAUGUUGCAGUGGUUUCUAGAGGUGGUUGUAUCUAUGUGGAUUCAACAUAUUCUGCAUUGAAUUUAUUAAUGGAAUAUAUAGAAUUAAAUAAUUGUAUAGUUAGGGCAGAUGGAGGAGGAAUUUAUUUAAUAGCUUCAGAUCGUCAACAAAUUUUUACAAUUAAAAAUUCAUUAAUUACUAAUUGUUACGGAUUGAGUGGUACAUCUAUCAAAGUAAAAUUUGAUGAUCGAACUUAAUAGAUUCAGAAAACCAGAUUAUAAGAUGUGAAAGUAUCUGGUAAUUAUACAAAUGCUUUAAAUUUCUUUAGUAAUCUGAGUAAUUUUCAAAUUAUAGAAGAGUUUCUAUUAUUAAAAAGAUUGGCUGCUUUUGAAUAAAAUAAUGGUUAAUUUGACAUUUAGGAUAUUUAUAGUGAAGGAUUAUUUUUUUAUGGUUUAAUAUCAUUGGUGAAUCCAAAUCUAGUUAGAAUUAAUACAAUAGAAUCUUAACAUGGUGUAUUAUCAUACAGACCUUAUAUUGAGAUAAUAGAACCAUUAGUAAAUCCAAUAGAAAUUGAUUCAAUAUAGUUUCGUAAUAUUUCGUCAAUGAAUGUAAGUGUAAGUUGCACUGAGAUGAUACUCACAAAUGAGGAGAAUGCCUAUUGUAAGAUUUUACUAUCACGAGUUGAUUUUCCAGAAUAUGUAAUUAAUCCAGCAAUGAUGUUGAUAGACCAGAUUACUUAACAUACACCAUUGUUAUUAAGAAAUAUCUUUGUAAAUAGAGUGAUAUGUCUAGAGUGUUAUGGAGGACUAAUUUAGGUGAUGAGAGUAUCAAAUAGUGUGGUUAGAUAAUUAGUUUAGAUGAGUGCAUGCCGAUGUUCAAAUUCUUAGGCUGGAUAUUAUGGAUGUUAUAUGUUGUCAUCAGCAUAAUAUUAAAAAAUCUUAAAAAGUGAAGAUACAAGAAUAAAAAUUGAAUUUACUUCAUUACUAACCUUAGAAAAUAUUUAAAAAUAGACUGGUUUAAAAAAUAUUGGAAGAAGAUUAUUAUAAGAAUAAGUUUAUCCUUCUGAUUUCAAUUAUAUAGUUCCAUCUCCAACUUACCUAGCUCAUGUGGUGAUUGAUUCAAUGAAUAUUUAAUAUAUUAAAGCAUUUCAUGGAGGAGGUCUUUCAAUAUAUGGAUUAACAGUAAAUAUUACCAAUGCUUAUUGUACACAAUCAAUAGUAAUUGGAUAAGGUGGUUGUAUUUAUUAUGAAGCUAUACCUAAAGAUGGUAGAGUUGUUUAUUAAAGAAUUAAUAUAGCUACUAGUGUAUUUUUCAGGAAUAAUGCAAGUAUUGGUGGAGCUGUAAGAGUGAAAGAGAGUGGAAUGAAUUUGUGGAAUAAAACAGGAAACACUAUGCUUUAGAAUUAUGCUAUCUUAUAUGGAGAUGAUGUUGCAGAAUAUCCAACUCAUUUAGGAAUUCUAAUUGAUGGGAAAUUAUAACAAUCAAGUAAUCUAAAUAAAAACACUGGUUGGCUUCAUUAUCCUUUAGUUAUUAAAAGUGGUUAAUUGAUGUCAGACUUUGAAAAUCAAACUGUAUUAUUAGUUUAUCUAAAUUAAAAUGAAGAAAUCAUUAAAUAUUAGUUCGAAGCUUAAGCUUUAAUGAGUUCAAACAUUACAGAUUCUAUUUAAGGAGAAUCUCUUAGAGUAUUCAAUCUAGAUCAGUAAGGAUUUGUUUAUUCAAAUCUAUAAAUUCUAUUUGAUCCAUAUUAAAACACUACUCUUGAUGUUACUUUAAAUAGUUCCCUAGUGAAUAUUCCUAAUUAUUAUUCUGAAUAUCCAUAUUAAUUAAUGGGAUUUGAUACUGGAUAUACACUCUAAGCAAGAGUAAGAUCUGUUGAAUGUGACAGAGGAGAAGCUUAUAAUCCUUAAUAAGGUUCUUGUAAUCCUUGUCCUAUUGGUUAAUAUGUUUUAGUCUAUAAAGGGAUUUGUAAAUAAAUAAAUGAAGAUUCUAUGAAUUUCACUGUUAGAAAUAAAAUUAGUAUGAAACAAUCUUAUUGGAGACCUGAUCAUCUUAAUGAUAAAGCUGAAAAAUGCAAAAAUAAACCUAUUAAUUGUUUUGGAGGAUAUAAUGUUGGAAAUGAUGUAUGUCUUGAAGGAACUAUUGGAGCUUUGUGUGAAGAAUGUGAUAUUCAUGGGGCUUUCUGGGGUUCUAAAUAUAGUAAUUCUGCUAAAUAUGAAUGUGGUACUUGUUAAGAUAAAACCAGAAAUUUAAUUAUGAUUAUAUUCUUAUCAAUCUUCACUUUGUAUACAACAAUCUCUUCAGUUGAUGCAAAUAAAGAGAGAAUACGAAAUUGGAUACUUUAUGGUAUUUUUGCUAAAUUUGGAUGGGCAUCAUCUUAAUCUGCAAGUGGGAAUGUUGCAGUUCUCAUGAAAAUCUUAAAUAAUCAUACAUAGAUUUUAUCAAUUCUUUCAGGAUUCUAAAUUUAAAUACCAAAUGAGGCAGUAGAUUCAGUAAAUACAGUAAGUAUGCCAGCUAAAACAGUGGGAAAUUCUUUAGAUUGUUUUUUAGAAGAAGACUCAUGGGGCAUAGAUUUAAUUUACUUUCGUAUUAUUUGGUCAUUAAUAAUGUAAAUAAUUUACAUAAUUGCAAUAUUUAUUUUGAUGUUUAUUAGGGAUGGACGAAAAGAGGAUUUCAAAAUUUUAAAUAACUUAUAUACAAUGAUUAUUUACUUGUUUCUUUUAUUAUAACCUAACUACAUUAUGGAAUUUAUGACUUUAAUUUCAAGUCGUUAAAUAUCUGGUAACUUUUAUAUAAUGGCUAAUGUUUCAUAUAGAUAUGAUACUUUCAAACAUGAUUAAUGGAUGGCAGGUUUUGGAGUACCUGGUUUAGUUGUUUGGUUAAUUAUAUUACCUAUAGCAUUCUGGUAUCCCUGCUAUUUAGGAGCAUAAUAAAUGAAAUUAGAUUCUAUCAUUUUUAGUCGUUCUUGGAGUUUCUUUUAUUAAGAAUAUAGAAGAGAUAGAUAUUACUGGGAAUUCAUUAAAAUAUUCUAUCGUUCUCUUAUUAGUGUAUUAAUAUGCUAUUUUCAAGAGGAAAUCAUUGUUAAAGUAUUUAUUCUUAAUUAUUAUUCUUUUAGGGAAUACUAUCAUUUUUUGUUGUAUAUGCAUAUUAUGGACUGAGUAUUCAUUUCAAUCCUUAUAAUCUAAAAGCAUAAAAUUAUUUAGAUCAACUAUCUACUGUAAUACUUUCACUCUCUUUAGUAAUAGGAGUGUUUCUUUAUAGAACUAUUGAUAUAGAUUUCUUUGGUUUAACUUAUGCAGGAUAUGCAGUUAUUGCUUUAUUAAAUGCAAUUUUCUUAUUGUUAUUCUUUUUAUAUCUGUUCGAGGACAAAAUAAAAGAAUUAUCACCAAAGAUAGAUCAGAUUAGAGAUUAAAUCAAUCUCAGAUAUCCACAUCUUUAACAUAAUCCUCGUUUUAGACCAUUUCUUAUAAAUCAUUCUUAGUUAAAUCAUAAGGCUAGAAUGUUAUGGACACAAUUAAGCAAAGUUGUCAAUUAAAGUAUAAAUAAUUGGAGAUUAGAUAAAUCUAAACCAUUAGUCUUUUAGAGAUAGUAAAAUAUUAAUUUUAUUUUUAGUGUUGAGACUCCUGCUAGUGAAUACAAUAAUAAGAUCAAUAAAAUACAUUAAGAAUUUGACUCAUAAUACGAGGGAUUGUGUUUAAUAUAAUCAAAGGAGCUAGUUGAACAUUCUGAAUAAUAGAAUUAAAUAAAUGAAAAUAAAUGAUCCUCGC